GCGGAUGGAUCCCGUCACUGGAGACUUUAGUUGGUGCGGUACUACUGGAACAGCCACGUGAUCCUGUCUUUGUUAUGCCAUCUGAACACAGCACAACUACGACAUCAAGAUUGCGGCCCUGCACUGAACUGGCUUGCGUUCAUUCCUGUCCACGCGAUGCUCAUCUUCGCUUUGCAGCUGACGGUCAUCUUUAUUAUUAUGAGGGCGAAGUUCUUUCUUGCAGUGUGACUGGACUGAUUCAUGAGUAUUCAGAAGAGUUCGACCCGCAGGUUGCCCUAUUGAAGAUGAAGACCGGACGAUCUUGGCCACGGCCUGAGUAUGUGGACCCGGCGAGCAACCUGAGGACGAUCUCCAACCUACUUAUGGGCACAGAUUUCAAAUAUCAGGCAGACCUGGUCUACCUUCUCCGGCAGAACGAACCAGACAUUCCCGAAAUAUGUCGUCUCUUCGCACUCAGUAAAUCGGACCUCUCUGGCUGGGAUGACAUCGUGCGGGAGCUGGUCAUGUCUGAUGACGAGAUAUUGCUGGCAUGGGACAACAAAAGGAGCACUGCAGCGAAUUCAGGCACAUGGAUGCAUGCAAUGUUCGAGCAUCUGCUAAACGGAUACAAAAUACAGCCUGGACCCAUGCGCGGAGAGCUCGCUGCCGUCAUCACUUUCUUGUCGGAGCUCGGUAACAUGGUGGUAUUCCGCACCGAGUGGUGCAUUUGUGCGCCAGAAGAAGAUUUGGCGGGCUCGAUCGACUUGGUCCUGAAGGACAGGGACGCUGACAUUUUCCACCUUGUGGACUGGAAGCGCAGUGAAAAACUGCAGGACAAGUACGUUAGCUACGGCAAGAAAAUGAAUUCUCCACUGCAUGAAGUGGACGACUGCCAGGGACAACAUUACAGGCUGCAGCUGAACAUCUACAAGUGGAUACUGGAGAGGUACUACAACAUUUCGGUGGCGACCAUGAAGGUUGUCUGCGUGCAUCCGCGUUACUUGCCUGACGGCUUUGUCGAUGAUGUGCCCGAUAUGCAGUCCAUCGUUGGUGCACUCAUGCAAUGUUGUCGAGACAAAAAACCUGCCAUCUCCAUUCACAAUACACAGGGCACGGCAGACAUGAAGAACAUGAAUUCGGAGAGGCCUCGCCAGGAGAUUAAUGAAAGAGAAUGUGAGGAAGCAGAGUCCGACGGAAUCCCGCCCAGGCAGAACAGUCAGGACGACAUCCCGGACACCAUUCCAUUCCGUGUUGAGCUCCCUGCACCGGUCCCGACGCAGGACGACAUGGAGACAGCGUUGGAACAGCUGAUGAUGGAGGACGACGACACAGCAGGACCCCUGAUGACAAAACGGCGACGACUCAUGCCCGGUGCUGCCACACAUGCUGCAGACUGUAAUACAAUGUUCAGACGGUCGUUGGAUAUCAUCAAGGAUACCCUGGAUGGGUAUGGUCCGGACGUCUGCUUGCAGCCAAACACAAUUCUUCAGAACACAAGAAAGACGUUGGGACACCUACAUCAGAAGUACCCUUGGCUGUCGGAGCAGCUGAAGCGCCUAAUCAUGGUGGCAGCCCAUAUGUCGGAGGGCAAGAUUGGAGACAAGCCCAUGCUGCCUGAUGCAGCAGCCAUCGUAUGGAUGGUGGAGGGUGAUCGUCAUAUGAGAGUUCACAAGGGUUUCCUCUACAUAUACGACGAUGAUGGGUGUUUCCUGCCGUUUGGUGGCAUUCCUCCAGAGGCAGUUCUUCAUCGCGUUCAUGAUUUCUUCUGUUGUCUUGAAGGACUUUUCCGACGAAUGAAGCCGCAGACACGUCGCGGAGCAGAUCGUGUGGCUGAAGCAAUCGUGGCGGACUUGCAAAAUUUCGAGACGGAGCUGGAAUUUCUUGAUGCGUGCAGAGCUGCAACAUGCAAACGAUCGGACGUUCCAGCUUAUUCACAACGGUUGGAUGCUCCUGCACCAGAGGAGGAGGGGGAAGCCCCGGAUCCUCAACAUGCUGGAUGUGACGCUGGUGCAGUUUGGACUAUGGACCUGGCGGAGAGGUCUUGGAAAGUUUCCUGUACCAUGAAGCAGGAACUCAUGCAGACGAGGAUGGUGGCCUUGCUCGUUGAAUGGUGCGAAUCAGAAGACAGACGGUCGUCCACCAUAUGUUACGAGGACAUCUGCUUUGCAUACGACAGACCUGGCUCCCCUCAUUCUGUGGAAGUUAUACGGAAGGGACCUCAGAAUGAUUGCUACGUCCGGAUACCUCAUCCGCUAUUGGAUCCUGUUCUUGACGCCAACAUGGAGCGACUCCACAAAUUCUACGAGAGAACGUUCUGGUGCAAUCUGGACGUAUUCAAAUGCUUUCAGGCGGCUGCAGCCAUUGCAAAAAGAGGGCUUAACGUGGAUCGAUGUUUCAUCGGAAUCUCUCCCGGAGGGGUCGGCCAAAGUCUCUACUCGCUGCACAUCUCCGAGAUGUAUAAACACAAUCAUGCCUUCUUCGACCCCAAUAUUUGGCACCUGGAUGAGGAGUUGCGCAAGCAGGUAGAGUCGUUUGCCCGCUGUUUCAUUCUGACUGGGCAAGAAGCACCGGAGACGAGCAAAAAACUGCACAUCGAUCUAUACAAGAAGACCAUAUCCGGAGACGGGAUCAUGGGAAGGAAACCGUACGGUUACACCACGCGGAUGUUCCAGACGAUAGGCUGGACCCGACUCGAGGUGAAUCGCGUCAUGGCCUUCAUGGGGGUGAGCAAUAACAACUUCAACUCGAUGUUUCGCAGAUCCUUUGUGUGGAAGGCCAAGGCCCGCUUCGUGCACGGGAAAUUCCUGAAAAAUUAUCCCGACCACGAACAAGAUGGAAUCUUCGAAGCAGACCCUAGCCUCAACAAGUUCCUCGUGACCUCACAGGCCUCCGUUGCCGGGCUGAAGUUGCAGUGGGCCUUCGAGGUGGAUCACAGUAAAGAAGAUUGUUAUCAACUCAUCGAGAAUUACUGCAACGGAGGAGACAACUAUCUUACUGAAGAUGUGAUGCGAGAUGCCUGUGGAUUGCCGGUCCGGCUUCGACAAGUACAUGAACAGGAGGGUCUGGGCAAUUUGUUGGCAGCUGACCAAGAGAGUGCAGAUGAACAACAAGAAAGGGACAUUGAAUGGAAUAAUCUACGGGACUUCCUCAUGGCUCACAUGCUGGAUAGUGACCUCGACGUCAUCACCUACUACGAAUUCAAGAAGCUUUCCUUCAAGCCCAAGGAACAUCCUAAUUUGGCAAAGGGCGCCAUGUGGGACCAGCUGCUGGAGCAGGGUGUGGUCCGCACUGCCGUCAUCCGAGGCAAGACUAGCAAGGAGAGGCCCGGUGCCUUCAUCCCCAAGUUCACAUUUAGUCGGAAACAUGGAGACAUCUGUCCACAGCCUCCCUUGGACAGUGUUCGGAUGUCUUUCGAGGAGGAGCACGACGUGGGCCUGGCCACAAGGUACGCGUACAGUUGCCGCGGCAGGUCUUUGAAUAUGGAGACAAUGAAGAAACUAUACACAUCAUUGAUGCCAGCAGCCAGGAGGGGGAGACAGACCGCUGAGCAUGAGGAGAUCCGGGCGAAGUACCAGUCCAUCAUUCGCAAGCUCGAUGAUCACGAGCAGGCUCUCCAAAAACUGGUGGUGACGAAGCAAAGGAGAUUGAGAGAAAAGAAAUCAGUGGAGGAACCAGGUCGUGGUCCAACCAGUCAAGGCGCACCGGAUGCAGGCAUGGCAACAUCCUGCAAGCAGACUCGAACUGUCACUUAUGGUUACUCCGACAAACAGGAAUACUCGGUGCGGGCGAGGCGCUAUACAACAAACGGCGGUGUACAAGCCAUGUCUCGCCGACUGCAAUACCAUGUAGUGGAUGGCCACACCGUCGACCUCGACAUCCAGAACUGCUGUCUCACGUUGAUGCAGCAGAUCAUGACCAAGGUCAAACCAUAUCCACCGAUGUCUGAUGAUCUGGUUGGACUUUUGAAUCGCCUGGUGACAGACAGAGCUAGUGUCUUACAGCAAAUGGGGCUUCACAUCGUCGAAGGCAAAGAAAUCAUCAACACUGUGCUCAAUGGCGGUAAUCCACCCGCGAAUUUGAGGAGUCACGACGUCGUUCGAGGCUUGCAGCGGAUGUCGCAGUAUUUCAGGUGGAUGGCUUGUAACCUACUUCAUGACGACUACAUGUCACUGGCGGACAACAAACAGAAAACCUUUCCGUCUUCUACAAUUAUGUCCCUCAUGUGGACAUCGGUUGAAGAUGUGAUAAUCCGAAGCUGGACCGAACAUGUGUUGCAAAACCCCAACAAACCCGGACAUCUUUCGCUACAUUUUGAUGGUAUUCGUGUUUCAGCGGAUCACGUGGGAGCAUCGCAAGAAGAUUAUAUCAAGGCGUGCCAAGACGCCAUCUACAAGCACACCGGCUUCCAGGUUAAGAUCGUCGCCAAAAAACACUCAUCCUUCAUUGAGUUGGUGAAGAGUAAGGGCACCCAUGCCAAUGCACUGACCAACGUGCCCGCAGUCCUACUCAAGGCCGGGAAUUGCAUACCUUGUGCAUUGUGGCACAUCGUGCCCCUCUCCAGACCGAAUGUGACCAGUGCCAUAUCUGAUGAAGCUCUGCCGCGGAAUGUCGAGGCAGCGAAGCUCCGCUACAGGGACUACCGUUCGCUGUCGUCCCUAUGCUCCGUGGAUCUUGCCUGUUGCGUCGGUCUCCCAGCAUCACACAUCAAGUCUUUUAUUCUGCAUUACGAAGGCGACGGUGUUCCCCACUGUGUGGCCGUUCGAGUAGACGGUCCUGGAGUUAGUGCAACCGUCAUUGAUGGUGCCACAGUGUAUAGACUCGAUAUGAAAACCCUUCAAGAGAUGCACUGUGCUGCGGUGGACCAUGCUACUGUGGUAUCGUACUGGAAGCGGGAUCCCAAAGACAAGCUCGAUGAGAAGGCGGCCUUGCUCCUGGACAUGGUCGCUGGUACUCCUGAUAACUCCGAUGAUUCACAUGAAGACGUGGGGGGUCACGGAGCAUCAACCCUGGGCUACAACAGAAUCACUGGGGACGAAAACGACGCUCCUGUUAUCUCUGAUAACAUCCUUUCUUCUCUGUGUCGUGAAAGGGAUUCUGUUAUAGAGAAUCUGGCGAACAUGGCACCUAUGGUUGAUGGGAGAAGAAGAUGUCCUUUCUGUCCAUUUCGGUCUUUUGCACAACUCCGACUUCUCCGAACUCAUGUGCACAAGCACCACACCGCAAAGAAUCAGUUCGUGUACUCCGGGACCAAGCAGGUGAAAGUCAUUUUGGCACUCUAUGACCAUGCUGCAUCGUCCCAGACGUCUGUAUCGGAUUUCUUGCAGGCGAGUGCAUCUCUGAUGCGGAGAACCAUAGAGCCUGCCCUCGGAGAGCGCAUCAGUUACAUAGACAAACAGAUAAGGCUGGUUCUCGAUGCAGCGGGACCUCGAUAUGUCAAUCUGUCAGCAAUUGGCUCCACACUGCAGGUCAGACGAGCACUCAAUCUCUACUACACACACUCCUUCGCCGACCUGCUGCUCCGCGAAAUGAUCAUGGGACAUGCCCAGGUGAGAUCUCUGGCCGUUAGAUGCCACAUGGCGGCCAUGGAAGCAGGGAGCAGACUUUCCACUCUGCUCCCCACAUGGUCUACACGCUGGAUGCCCAUGCUGGAGGAUAUCACCAGCUCCAAUGCUUUCCAAAACAAAAUGGAGAAAAUGACGGAAGCCCUCAUGUGCGGUGAUGAGUGGCAUUAUAUUAGUAUGGAUGCCACUCUCAAACUCUGCAUGAAGGUCAUGGGGCAGGCUCCCUAUCGAGCACCCAAGCAAGUGCGAGACGAGGCUCCAUUCGACGACACCACCGCAUGGAGACGAUUACUGACUAUUCGCGGCAGGACCGGGGCUGUCCUUAUGAUGCACCCUCUCCAGAGCGAAUCCUCCGAACAGAUAGUGGAGGCCAUGCAACAGAACUUCUCCGUGGAGCAGUUGAACUCGGUGCAUCAUGUUGGCACUGACAGCCCGUCAGAAAAACUACUUGCCCAACUGCAGUUGAUCUGUCCGAACCUGAAGUCUCUCAUGCUGGACCCGAUUCACUUGGCGAUCGUGUACGAGUACGGAUUUUGGAAUAAGAAGAGUGCCGGUUCUAAACAACUUCGCCGCAUUCUCCUGAAAUUCGUUGCCGUGGACACGACUACAGACCAGCAGUACUGGCAGUCGCCGUAUGACGGCAGCAUGGCGCGACCACUUGGUGACGAAGAAACCCGAGUGAGGAACAUGAUCCUCGACUGCUCGAUGUCCGACAGCCACACGGCUCGCCUGCUGGACAGUCUCAACCCGGAUGUGCCCUUCAUGCGUCGCCUUGAUUUCAUCAAAGCAGUGGCUGCAUUAUGCCGUCGGUACAAACAUGAGGUCACACGCAAAGCGGCGGGCCCCAACAAAGAGAUCAACAAGAUACUUUGGUCAGCAUGUGCGCCGGAUAGGGUGGAAUGGCUGAUGAAUAACAUCAGGGUCCGCCACUCCAUCAGGACGUCUUAUCUCUGGUUUAUACCGAGCGGCACAUCCAGCAAUGAAGCCCUGCAUGCUGAAAUCAAUUCCUGGACCAGGACCACUAACGUAAUGCACAGAUCCACGUUAGCACUGAAGUUGCAGUAUUUUAUGUACAUCAAGACACUGCAACAUCAUUUGUCUACUCGAUUUCCGAUGUCUCAUGUCGUGAGCGCAAGCAUGCUCCUUGGACGGGCCCUCCAUGAAUCCAUAUGGACUCAUGAAGAAUGGAAUGCAUGGUGUGCCCAGCAGCAGACCGCCGGCCCUCAGUGCAAGGCUGAACUGCCCCUGGCAAAGUCCAGACUGCAGGAAGUUCGACUAGUCAGGCGGUGGGUCAACAAGAAGCCGGCCAUCCGUCCGAAUAGACUGGGUGGUCGGAGGAAGCGGGCGACUCCUAUAUCGGUCAAACGCAUCCACACUUUGAGAAGUGCGGGCGUAAAGCGCCCCGCCUCGUAA